CACACGAAAACGUGAAGUUGUUUUGGUAACGCUUGGAAUGUGUAAUACCGAGCUUUGAAUCUUUGUUUUAGGUUCUAAUUUUUAGGUAUAGUGGGGUUCUUGGGGAAUUAAUAUUCCUGCCAUGAUGCCAGGAGACACACAGGCCAAAACGGCGACUAUAGCCGAGGACGCGACGGUUGGGAACUGUCAAAACUGUUCAGUCCUGCAUCAGAGCUUGACGGAGUAUAUCACAUCAUUCCUGGCCCUUAAGCAGAAAAUAGCGGUUACAGAUGACUCCAUUAUCCUUCGGGAGCAGCUGGAGGAACUGCAGAUCCGUUUGGUCACACUGGAGAAAAAGACAGGAGAUUAUGAAUCCAUACAGGCUGAGCUGGAAGAGAAGAGGGGUGCUCUUAAAGUUUAUGAACAAUUGUCUACAGAGAUGGAAAAUAUAAAGCAGGAAAAGAGCACCAUAGCUGAUGAGAAUAAGAAGCUUGGAGACGAGCUGAACAGUUUGAAAGAUUUAACAGAAACACAGGCUCUCGAAAAUGCACAGCUGAGGAGAGAGAAGGCGGCUGUUGAAAACGAUUUGCUAAAAACUCAGGCAUCUUUGAAAAAAUCUCAGGAACAGGCGGAGAAGGCUGAUAAAUUGACAGAAGAGAAUGUUAUCAUCACAAACAAAAAUGAUAGUCUUGAAAACAAAGUUAAACUGCUUGAAGACUCAAUUUGCAAACAGAACAAUCAAAUAUCCCAUCUGAGCAAAGAGAAGAUUCUGCUUGAAAGGAACAUCAUCGACCUCCAGGGAAGACUGAUAAAAUUGGAAAGGGAAAGGUGCAAAGAUUAUAGAAGUACUGCUACUCAAACAAGAGCAGAGCAAAAAGUUGACAAAGGAAAGGUUCGGAUGCUCCUACAAAGUUUAUGGGAAUGUGUGGAGCCAGAGCAGGAACAGUCUUCAAACAUACUAGAGUUUGGUUACAAACGGGGUCUUCCUCCGUCUCCACAAACCAAUCUAAAGUCGUAUCAAGGAAGAAAGUUACCCUCUGCUUCUGAGAUAAUCAUGGAAUCAAAUUGUCCUCAAGUUGAGGCCAGACCCAGCCACACAAAGCUGAAAGCUUGCCCUCCGGAACAGGAGUCAUGCAAGCACCAAGCAUCUGCUCACCAGUUGAAUCAAGAAUUAAAACAGAAAAAGAGCAAACAAUCGCCCAUGAAAAAUAAACUUCAUCAUUCGUCUCCCUGCAAAGGCAACCAUAAUAUAUCUGUCGAGGAAUUAAUGGCCUUUUUUAAACCACUGCCCCCCUGUAUAUCUCCACUUUUGGAAUUGGAUACCAGUCUAGAAUCUGUGGAGAUGAGUGGUAAAGGGAAAAGAAAUCAAUCUGAACUCUCUAAGGAUGUUUUUCUUCCCAAACAAGAUCCGCCUUCAGACUCUAAAACAUUACAGUUAAGCCCAGACACUAAAAAAUCUGUUUCAAUUAAUCAAAAAGAUAAUGUGGAUGUCCUGGAACAUAUUUCAGAUGUAAAAGACUUUGGAAACAGUGGGGUUUGUGGAGUCAGUGACCUGCAUGAAAACUCGGGUGAAACUAGUAAAAACAAUAAUUCAUUAAAUGAGACGUCCCGCCAGGAGCCGCCACUGCCUUUAUUAUUAAACGAUAAAGUGUCAGAACAGACUUUAUAUUUACCAGAAGGAGUGGAUCAUUCCCAGAGUGAAAAUCCAGACAACCAAACUGAUAUCAUUUGUGACACUAAGAGAGACUUUGAGGAGGCAAAAGAAGAUAAUUUAAAGACUGUUGCAAAGAUGGAUGUUGAUGUGAGCCCAGGUGACAUUCCUGAUGUUACAACAGCUGUUUCUGAUGUAGAUGGAGAUUCAGUGGCACCCUCUGGAGAGAUGGAAAAUGAACAAUGUGUUGCUUGGUCUAAAGGCAUUGAAUUUUUGGGCGACAGCCAUACCACAAAAGAUAAAAAAGGUCUUGUGGAUUCUUGUCAGGAAAGUGCAAAUCCAACUGCUUCAGGGCCUGUUUCCCAAGACUCUGAACUGACAGAGGUUUCUUUACCAAAUAGCAGUGACAGCAUAAGUGGUGUUUCAAAUAAAGACAUUGAAGAGGAAAUGGAAGUAGAUGCUGGGAUACUUUGCCGUGAAGAGGAUGAUGGGAAUGCUGUGCAAGCUCUCAGAGAAACUGAUGUUACAGCUUCUCCCUCAGAGUCAAAUGCCAGUAACAAACCUUUAGAUCCUAAAACAUCUCCAAUUUUGAACAGGAAAGAUGAAGACCCCAGUUGUCCCUUAGAGCACAAAGAAGCUAUUUCUAUAGCUUUAUCACCAAAAUAUUUUGACAAAGAGGAAAGGAAAAGCCAAUUGAAAUCUGAUCGUGCUCCUUCAUUGUCCCCAAAAGAUGCAACUGUUGACUCUAAAUCUCUGAAAGAAAAUUUGCAUUUACUUUGUAGAAAAUUAAGUCCUUCAUGUCUGUUGCCUCAAGUAAACCUUAAGGCUUUGGAAACUGACCCAAACAUGGAGAUUGUUGAAAAAGCUUUACCUGUUUCUAGUACUUCACCUAUUGGGAGAUCUUCUGCCACCAAAGAACAAAAGAGCUUGGAUAUUUUUACACCGGUUCAUGAACAGCCAACUUCACCUGUGAAUGUUGAAGGAAAAGGUACAACGGUGUCCAGUCCAGCAGCAGCUCAAACGCCAGAGUUUAUUGGCCAAGUUCUCUCUGAAAUGGGUGCUCCACUUCCUCCUGUCCUGACCCCUCUAACAACACCUCCUAAAGCAGGAAAGCCAAUCAACCCCAGGAACGCAAUUGGAAAACUUUUAUUUCCUUCACCUAUGGAUAGCUUAGUUUCACCUACAACUCCACAGAAAACCAAUUUAACACCAAACUGUCAGCAGCUGGGUUCAUCUUCCCUGAACAGCCCCGGUAAUCCAAAUGAAGUCCCCUCAUCACCUCUCCAGUUUGGCUCUGCAACACCGAAACAUGCUUUGCCAGUUCCUGGACGCUUUCCCACCAAAGCAGUUAGUUCCUCCCCUUCAUCUUCAACCAGUCCACCUCAAGAAAACUCCAUGAGGAUCCUUGAUACCAUGUAUCCAGAACUCUCAGCCCGCGCCCGUACUCUUAGCAUCCUGAGAGGUAAUGUUGGUCUAAGUUCAUCGGAGAACGGAACAUUACCAAAAACAAAUGACAGUCAGAUAUCUGGCUUUAAAACCAUCAGCUCCGCAUCAACAGCCUUUACAAAGACAGAGACUAGAGGGAAAAAAAGAUCUUCAAUUGAUUUGUCCCAGCCCAAAGACAGCAAGUGCCCAAAGCUUGACAGCAGUUCUACUGGUGUUACUGGCAAGCAAGAGUCUUCCCUCUCUUUAACUAGUAAAGAUGAGGCAGCCUCUUCCAGUACUGUGGAGCCAGAUCAGAUCAAGAACCAGACAGCACCUCCGGCCAUAGAAAGUGUUGAACCAACGGAACAGGAUCUUAUUCUUGAUUGUCUACAUAAAAUUGAGAACCAGUGUUUUGAUUUGCUUCCGGUUAUCAAGAGCCACCUGUAUGUUGGUAAUCUGCCCAAAAAGCCUGUCCUAAGGGACGAGGAGAAGCAGGUCAUCUUUGAGAUUUGCACAUGUAGCUCUCUUCAGGUAGAAGAAAUGAUGACGGCCAUAUUGACCAAACUAAAGGCUGAAAAAAAUUCCCUGAGCCUAAACUAUCUACAAGCACUGUGUCGAGUUUACAUUGGGAUCUGUAGACAGAAGAAGUACUGGGAGAAGGCUCGCAUCCUGGCCUACAGCAUUCUUGUUGAAGAUUUUCCAGAUUCAGCGAAGCUAGUUCUGUUUAUGGUGACAACAUGGCCGAAUGUUCUAUCUCACAGUAGUUUACUGUGCCAGGCCAUUCAUUCCAUCACCCAACUGAAAACACCAGAAGGGCUUCAUGGUUGCCUUUCCGCUUUUCUUGGAUGGGAAAAGAAUCCUCCUUGUGAUGCUGACCAGCUGAUCCUCAGAACUCUGGAGGAGCUCCGCUCAGGUUCCAAUCAGUCUUUCAUCAAACACAUCCGCUAUGGAGAAGACCUAGGAACUGGAGCCUGGGAACAAAUCUUCACACUGCACCUCUUGUGUUCACAAAAAAAGUGGAAAUGGACCUAUGAACGCAUUCUGGGCAAAGACCUGUGGCCAUUGAUGAACUCCUGGGUUCUACAGCCAAGAGAUCAGCAACAACCUAUCCGAGAUGAGACUGUUGCCACUGUACUACGACUCAUAGGACGUCUCACCCAGUUAGGCCUUAAAGAAGGUUGUGUGUCCUCUGUGGUCACUGUGGCCAAUAUUAUCAACACGUUUGGAAGGCAUGGACAAGCUGAAGGGUUGCCAUGGACGGUCCAGCUAGCAGCCGUUUACUGCAUACAUGAACUUUCUCCCUGUAACCCCAAACAAGCCCUGGAUGCUAUUGCUGGGUGGAGAGGAGAGGCUGCUCAGAGUGUCCCUCCUGCCGUCACAAGUUGCAUUAAUCAAAUAGCAUCCAUAUGCAGACAAGUCAAGAGCUAAAAUUGUACAUAGCCACAUUAGCUAUAAUUUUUGUAUGUAACUAUUUUAAAGAAAGGAGAACUACCUCAAUUAACAUCAGGCACAAGGACUGAUUAAAAGGUUUUUGCUCUUUGUGAUACAGGAUGUAUUGAAUGCCAUUUUAAUUUGUUUUUUUUCUAAUUUGAAGAUAUCGUUAAAUACCUUGAAACUUUAUAAAUGUGUUUUAAUUGCACUUGUAUCGGUAGUGUUUCAGGCAAUAUGUCCUUUUUUUAUUUUUCCUGCUACAUCCUGUAAAAAUUGCACUUGAACUACUUGAGUUUGUACAAUUCUCUGCUAACACUGUAAAUACUGUAUAACGUGUACAGUUUGAUAAAGUUAAACUACUAAGCUAGUGUAAAUACAUGGGUAUCUACAUUUCUGUUGGUGCAUGAGUAAAUGUUUUGUACAGUUUUCCUCAAAGCUUUCUAUUUUUUUUUUCUAAUUAAAAUU